CGGGUCACCCAGUCAGUCACUCCCAUCCCAGUCAGCCAGCAGCAGCAGCAGCAGCAGCAGCGUCUGGCAGGACGGAGCCAUUCAUUCUUCCGCGAGCCGCGGACGAAACGUGGAGGAGGAUGAAGACAGCCUGACGACGAGAAAAGUUACGGCAUAUAACCAAGACCCGGUCGUCGAACCCGACACUUUUAAUUCAGAGAAAGAGGAGAAGAACUUUUGAGUCUUCGUGGGGAUCAGAGGGCGUUUCGUUCCUCACUGUUCCACGUUGUGCAGAACCAAGAGACGAGACUUGCAUCAUCUGGCUUUAACUGAAGAGACUUGCCUGCUUUUACGAUCAGAUUCCACACAAAAGGUGUGUCUGAAGUGACGCCAGCGGGCUGGCUGUGGCAGAACGACUUCAAUACAAUGUAGACACCAAACAGCAGUCAGCAGAAGAGUCUGAAGACCAAGCUGACAGAAGGAGGGUUGGCCCAGAGGAGGACGGAGCGACAGCUGUUCUGAAAAGACUCUGGCGGAAGAUAAGAAGAGUGAGACAACUCGCGAGGGGACAAGAGGGACGGUGCGGACUGUGAAUCAUUGAUGUGAACCUUUGUGUGUCCUUCCUGCAAAGGGUUUGCCUUGUUCCCACGUCUCCUCUGGAGAAGGAUCGUUACCUCAGCUUGCCGGUGUUCACGAGACAGGUAGCCCACGCACGUUUCUCACGUCUCAGCACCCGUCGGUAACCCUGAGCGACCGUCAGCCAUGUGCCAUGUCAUUGUCACCUGCCGCUCCAUGCUGUGGACUCUGCUGAGCAUCGUGGCUGCCUUCAGCGAGCUCAUCGCCUUCAUGAGCACCGACUGGCUGGUGGGGUUCCCCCGCACGCACGACUCCGUCUACCCCCACCUCGCCACGGCGGCCGGCGAGGCCUACAGACCGACUCUGGGGAUCUACGGGCGCUGCAUCAAGCUGGCCCACAUGCAGCGGGGGAUACUGUGCGGACCGUACGCCGUUCACUUCGGGGAGAUUGCCAGCGGGUUCUGGCAGGCCACCUCCAUCUUUCUGGCCGCGGGGAUCCUGCUGCUGUGUGCCGUGGCGUUCAUCUCCAUCUUCACCAUGUGCUUCCAGAGCAUCAUGAAGAAGAGCAUCUUCAAUGUGUGCGGACUGUUGCAAGGGAUCGCAGGUCUGUUCCUGAUUCUGGGUCUAAUGUUGUACCCUGCUGGCUGGGGUUCCGACAAAGUUCAGCUGUACUGCGGCCAUGACGCCGCCCCGUACCGCGCCGGGCUCUGCUCCAUGGGCUGGGCCUUCUACACCGCCAUGGGGGGCACCGUUCUCACCUUCAUCUGUGCCGUCUUCUCGGCUCAGGCCGAGAUCGCCACGUCCAGCGACAAAGUCCAGGAGGAGAUCGAGGAGGGCAAGAGCCUGAUCUGCCUCCUGUGAGGGCUGGAGAAGCCGCGGCAUUGUUUACCACUAAAAACCGACUUUUAUUUCGUCUCUGUUUUGUGUCGAUGUGGGAGAAACCUGCAAGUGCCAAGUUUUAUUUUUGUUUAGUUUUUUUUUGUGUGUGUCUUUGCCAUCUUUGUCCCUGUGACACCAGGAGGUGCUGUGUUUGUUAUUGUAUUCAUGUCGUGGCUCUGCUGUCACCACAUGUUCUGUAAAUAAAUGUGAUUAUAUGUAUUUUGUACAUAGCUAUGAUUGCAGAAUGAUGCUCGGCUUGAUCUUGGCUGGCCCGAUGACAUCACUCUUGCCACUCUUAAAAAAUAAAUAUGUAAAGAAAUUGUAACCUGGUGAUUUUGUCACCAGAUUGUACGACGAUGUAUUAGGGCCAUUGUAGAUAGGAAAAAAGAGCAAAUUUCUGCAAAACACCCCAGAAAUUUUCUAGAAAAAAACAAAACAAAAAAACUUUUGGAACUUUUCUUUAUUAAACUCAAAAUUCCUGAGUUUUUUCAUGUAAAGUUUUGACAUUUAAUGCUCAAAUUUCCAAGUUUUUUGGCCCGAAGCUACUUUUUUAAAAUCAAUCUACAAUGGCUCUAAUGCACCGUUAUAAUAUCGCGACCAGCAAACCUGGUUCUUUUUGUUUUAACUGUGUGCCACAAGUGAGUAUUAACUCAUCAAGGGAACCACUACUCAGUCAGAAUAAGCAGCCUUUAGCUCAGAGUGGAUGUCCUGUUCGAGCUUCCAGAAUGUACUAUUUGAACGAUUCAUGUUUUUGUAGACCGCUGAAAUGUAUUGGUGGGAAGGAUUCACUCGGGACUGCAGGAGGACGGUCCAAUGGACGCUCUGUGAAGAAGGUUCUGGUCCUCGUUGGUCGGACCGCCUGGAAUCCCUGCACAAAAGACUCGGACUGAAUGACGAGGAUGCGAGGAAAUGAAGUAUUGCUGUUGUUAGUACUGUCUGGUUUCAGGGAGUUUGUGUGUGCGUAUACGUGCGUGUGUGUGUGUGCCAAGUCGAAGGCAGUGUCGUAUCUGUUCUGAUUUGUUUCUGCCAAACUAAUAAAGAGAAGGGAAAACUGA